UUUGCGUUGUCAAUCCAUUCUUUACAUGGCAAUGUUUCGUUGUAAGAAAGACACUGCAAUAAAGUAUUCUCGGACCCUUAAUGAACAUUUUAAGAGUUCAUCCAGAUUAAUUCAAGCAGCUUCUUCAGGUGGCUCAAGAAAUACAAGCACACCAUCGCCUCUGUCCCCCAUGACUUCUGGGAGCUCUGGAUUUUUCCAACCAGGAUCCAGUGUUGUCAGUACCGGGAAUGGUGGCAUCAACUCAACUGUCAGCACACCCAUCAUCAUCCAAAAUAUGACCUCUUCUUAUGUCACCAUCACUUCUCAUAUCCUUAACGCAUAUGAUCUUUGGGAACAGGCUGAUAUGCUGGCAAGGAAGAACACAG